AUGCAAAUUUAUGCGUGUUGAUGCAUCGACUUGAACUUGUUUAAAUAACGAAGUAAUACUUUUAUAUGGAAAGUGACACGAGCGAUGCUUGCCUGUUUAAAAUGGACGUUUAGGGACAAAGAUAUAGCUGACAAAUUCCUGCGGCAUUAAAUUAAACGAAUUUCUGUAAAAUUUAAUCCUUACAUAUUUAUAUUACGCCACAAUCCAAUAAAUUUAUAAUAGAAUGGCGUAUACGGAAUGCAAGAAGUACGUCACGUGUCCCAUGUGCAAAGGCGCAGGUAAGUCAGCCACAUGCGCGGCGACGGAAACAAUUUCCUUAUCUAUUCAGCAUGAGAAUGCAAAUUCAUCACAAAUUGCAAAAACGCAAUUUGUCGAUACGGCGUAUUCCGCGGCUUCGGGAGAUCUAUGUUUUCCCACGUUAUCCGACAGCAAAUCUCCGAAAGAUAUUAAUCCUGCGACCAAUUACGGAGACUAUGCGUCUACGCUGGAAAGCGAUUGUGUUGGAACAUCGGAGGAAUUCGCGAAUCCGCAAGAAACAUUGAAACACGCUAUGCAAAGCUUAAAGCAAGAUCAAUGGCAGAGCAGUGUAUCGGCCCUAAUAAAGCUAAUGCAUAUUUCAAGGAUUCAACCGGAAUUGCUAGACUCCAACAUGCCUCGUGUAUACCGAACGUUAUGCAGUUUAUUGCGGAACACGAGGCCGCACGUCGUUAAAACUGCCUGCCAGGUAGCGACGGAGUUGUAUAAGACAGUCCAGUGUACGCAAAGACCCGAAUUUGACGAACUUGCAUCCACGCUGCUUUUGAAGAGCACGCAUACGAACAAGGGAAUCCGAAAUGACGCUCAAUGUGCCUUGGAUUCUAUGAUGUCGCAUUUGUCUCCUGCAAUCUGUAUUCGGAUAUUAACCAGCGAACACGGUGCUAGCCACAAGAAUCCAUUGAUCAGAGCAACCGUAAGUCGAUUGCUCUAUAAUAUUAUUAACAUUAUUGGAGUGGAAUGUUUGUUGUUAAAUCCAAAUCUCAAAGAUACACGCCGUAAGAUAUUCACGAUGUGUGCUAAAUUUCUUCUUGAUGGUAACAACGAAACAAGGAAUGAUGCAAAAAAAGCAUUAAAAGCAAUGAUGAACCAUCCAGAUUUUGAUACUCUAUUUUAUCAGGAUGUAGAUUGGAAAAUCACUAAUAGCAUAGAAAAACAAUUAGUGUCUUUGAAAUACAGUCAAAAUCAUAGCGUGUAACAUUAUGUGUUAUCGUUAUGUGUCGAAAAUGUAAUGACGAUAAUAAUUGUCUGUUUUUAAAAUAUCCUAUUAAUAAAUACGUUGGUAUCUGCAAUAUUA